AUGGCGGUCAAUCCCUUCCGCACCUCAGUCCGCCGCCUCGCAACAUCCGCCGCCCGUGCUGCGACCUCGGCGUACACCUCAACACCCCAGGAGAUGACCGACUACCACGUGCAGGUCUCCAAGGCGCAGGGCGUUGCCGAUUCCUUGACUGGAGCCAUCGGCAACACGCCCCUCAUCCGACUACCACAUCUCUCCGCCCAGACAGGCUGCACCAUCCUCGGCAAGGCCGAGUUUCAGAACCCCGGCGGUAGCGUCAAGGAUCGUGCGGCCCUGUAUGUCGUACGGGACGCCGAAGAGCGUGGCCUCCUCAAGCCUGGCGGCACUGUCGUCGAAGGCACUGCCGGCAACACUGGCAUUGGGCUAGCCCAUGUCUGCCGUGCCCGCGGCUAUAAGCUAGUCAUAUAUAUGCCCAACACGCAAUCACAGGGCAAGGUCGACUUGUUGCGCUUGCUGGGCGCUGAGGUCUACCCUGUGCCCGCGGUUGCAUGGGAAAAUCCAGAGAAUUACAACUGGCAGGCCAAGCGGCACGCCGAGCGGGUGGCCAAAGAAGAUCCGGAACGAGGUGCGGUAUGGACGAAUCAGUUCGACAACACUGCCAAUCGGAGAGCACAUAUUGAGACCACGGGCCCCGAGAUCUGGACUCAGACGGAAGGGAAGCUGGAUGCAUUUACUUGCAGCACCGGGACGGGCGGCACGCUGGCCGGCGUGACGAGGUACCUGAAAGACGUUAGUGGAGGGAAGGUGAAAUGCUUCCUGGCUGAUCCGCCGGGCAGUGUGCUGUACAGCUAUGUGACCAGUGGAGGAAAGUUGACAGAACGGCAAGGGGGCAGUAUCACGGAGGGAAUUGGUCAAGGAAGAGUUACCGACAACUUGAAGGGCGAAGUGGCAGAAGUGGACGGAGCGGUCCACAUCAGCGAUGAGAAGAGCAUUGAGAUGGUGUACCGAUGUCUGCAUGAGGAAGGUCUCUACUUGGGAGCCAGUUCCGCGCUGAACGUGGUAGCGGCAAAGGAAGUCGCAGAGAGACUCGGACCAAACCAUACCGUUGUGACAAUACUGUGCGAUGGUGCAUACCGAUAUGCGGAUCGGCUCUUCAGUGAGAAGUGGCUGCAGAGCAAAGGCCUGCGGGAGGCGAUUCCGAAGCACCUAGAGAAGUACAUCGUGUUACCAUAG